ACUUAGUCUUUGCUGUCAUUAAGCUCCCUCUGAGCUUUAAGGAGGAUGCCCUGAUGGCGGACAAUCAUAAAGCAGCUGAAUAAAUGUCUAUAGAUACGAUGGAUAUCAAUAGCUCCAACUCUCUGCCUUCAGGGGAAGUUCCUGAGCAACAUCUACAUCUAUUGGAGGAUCUCUCUGAUACUGCAUGCUGGAAAGCUUAAACAUGAAAGGUGCAAACAUUUGGAUUCACAUUUGGCUGUGAAUGGAACCAGGUUUAUUGGUGCUGAAUCUUUGUUUAAUGGUUUUCGGAUCAAAAUGAUCCCGCUGGGUCCUUUUAAGGAGUUUACAUGAAGAUCUUUUUGAUUCAGGCUGAUGUGACCUCCAGGACUGAGCAAGCAGACAAAGCUGCUUUUUAAUCCUUGCUGUGAAUUACUUUCAGACCUGAGCCUGGACAGUAAGGUAGGAACAAAAAAAUAGAAGAAAAAAAUAUUUUCCCUUUUAGAUUUAGAGCUAUGCAGAAGUGAUACGGGCAUUGCAUUGAAGACUUGUAAAAGGUGAGCAUAUAUGAAUCUGACAGAUAAGGAAAAUGAGGGAAAUCUCUUCUUACUAAGCUUCAGAUCCAAGUUCCAUCAAACUGCUGCCACCAUCUGUUCAAACAGUUUUAACCCUUUCUCUUGUUUUGUAUAAUAAAAUCAUUCAUCUACAGCUUAAAACUCCUUAAAAGAUUCCCUUCACCAUGGAGCACUCCCCGUCAAUGAACUCAACAGUGGUGGAUGGAGACGAGCCGGAGGACCACCGACCCCUCCUUCCACCACGGAUGGUCCCACCUCAGGCCUACUCGCCCCAGUGUGGACCACACCACACGGUCCAGACGUCCAUUGAUCACACAGUGUGGUUGGACAGAACCCAGGCAAUGGCUACAACACCUCUAUACAACGGCCACCUCUAUGUGACGGCAACACCUCGAUCCAGCAGGAGGAGAGAGAAAACUAAGGGCAAGGAGAAAAAAUAUGAGAAAAGGCCACAAAAUCCAGGAACAAAGGAGCGCAACCAACAAAGCAAAGCUAAAUAUCUUGGCUCAAAUAGACUCCAGGAGACAGUCACGUCCUUCACUGAUGUACCAAUCUCCCCUUGUGGAUCCCCGUUUAAGGGCCACAGCAGGUCCAACCUGGAUAUCAGGGAUGUUGAAGGUCGAGGGUGCCGCAAGUCGGGCAAUGUUUCUCUGGAAAUGCAUGAUCGCAAGAGUCUCCCAGAGAUCAUCAUCACCAGUAAGGAUGACAACGUUCAACAGCAACCGCAUAAGACGCCACAAUUUCACCAGCGCCCAGGAGAAACCAGGGGUCCACUGCCAGGGGCCAAGCUCUUCCGCAGGAGCCCCAGCCCCAGUCCUCAGCACAGCCCCAGACGCAAAGAGGACGCCAAGAAGGACUCAUAUUGGAGGACACACAACAUCGGCUGGCGGUUGGUCCGCAGGAGGGCCCUGUUUUUGAGGAGGCAGCGGCUGAACGACUGCGCCCUGGCCGUGGGCUUGUUUGGAGUGUUCAUGAUGGUGAUGGAGACGGAGCUGUCCUGGAGCAUCUACAGCAAGAGCUCCAUCUACUCCCUUUCUUUCAAGUCUGUCAUCAGUUUGUCAACGCUCAUCCUACUGGGCCUCAUUGUUGCCUAUCACUGCUGUGAGGUGCAGCUUUACGUUCAUGAUAUUGGUGCAGAGGACUGGAGGAUAGCCAUGACCACGGACCGAUUUGCUCUGAUUGUCUUGGAGCUGGUAAUAGUGGCCAUCCAUCCCUAUCCGGUGGGGCUGUUGGCAUACUUCCAGAAGACCCAGGUCCGUACCACGCUCUCAGAGACGGAGCUGGAGAUCAUGCUGGCUUUGCCCAUGUUUCUCAGGCUGUACCUGCUGGGUCGAGCAAUGAUGCUGCACAGCCGCCUCUUCACAGACACGGCCUCCCGGAGCAUCGGAGCACUAAACAAGGUGGGCCGAGAGGUCUGUAGAAGUGUGACGCUUGAGAUCCACUUCAACACCAGGUUUGUUGGGAAAACGCUAAUGACUACCUACCCUGGCACCGUCCUGAUGAUUUUCAGUGUUUCUCUGUGGAUUGUGGCAGCAUGGGGCCUACAUGUGUGUGAAAGGCACCACAAUUACAGAGACCUUAGCAGCAACUACAUGGAGGCCCUGUGGAUGGUCUCUGUCACCUUCCUGUCCAUCGGUUAUGGAGACGUGGUCCCUCACACUUACUGCGGCCGCAGCAUCUGCCUGCUCACUGGGAUCAUGGGAGCCGGCUGUACGGUCCUGGUGGUGGCAGUGGUGGCCAGGAAGCUGGAGCUAACCCGAGCCGAGAAACACGUCCACAACUUCAUGAUGGACUCCCACAUCUCCAAAAGGAUAAAAAUUGCUGCUGCAAAUGUGCUGAGAGAGACUUGGCUUAUCUACAAGCACACUAAGCUGUCAAGAGAGCGAGACCACACCAGAGUCCGCAUGCACCAGAGGAAGCUGCUGCUGGCCAUCCACCAGCUACGGAGAGUGAAGAUGGAAAAGAGGAUUCUUGCAGAUCAGGGAAACUCACUGGUUGACCUCUGCAAGAUGCAAAGUCUGAUGUACGACGUUCUGGCAGAGGUGCAGGGCUGCAGGGGGGAGCUGGACUCGCACAUCAACAGCCUGGUUAAGAACGUAGAGGAGCUGAGGGAGGGCUUCAGGAGCCUGAUGCCGCUCCUAUCCAGCACCCUGUCCACACAGAACUCCUCCAUCCGCCACCUGCUGAGGGAGAGGGAGGAGAAGAGCGAGUGUGCCAGCGGGGCAGAGGGGUGAGGAGCAGAGGGCUGUCUCCAGUGCUUUUUUUUUUUUUCCUGAGCUAUGGUGACCAUUCUUGGACAGUUUUCCUGGCUCAGGUGGGAUCAGUUCCGUGAUUAUGAAGUGAACUUUGUGCUGAUGUUCAUAAAACUAUAUUUAAAAAGAAAAACAUGUAGCAGAAACACAAUCAUGAGUAGAAAUUUGUCCUAAAUGGCUUUUUUUCAAGACCUUUCUCCUGGAUUAACAAAGAAAAUCAAACCUUAAUCAGAAUAUUUAAGUCUUACGGAUCCUACUUUAGUCAAAUUUUACAGUUGACCUGGUAAGAAAUUACUGUCACCCUUUGGAUGGUUUCUCCAGUUUUAAUGUAAUUUUAAUGUUUUAAAGCAACCUGCUUGUUUUAUAGAACUGUUCUUCCUCGUCUUUAAGGAGCUUCAUCUGUAAACACAUUUUUCUGUCACUGCGCA